CCCCAUUUCGUGAUCCCCCCUAUUUGCCCCUAUCCUUAUGCACCCUUUGUUGCACUAACUACCAUUGCGCUCUCUUGCAUUAAAUUGGAAGUAUCCAAUAUUCACUUCAUCACAUUAUAGCAAGUUCGUUAUGUAACAGUUAUUAAAAAAAACAACGGGACAUUCUCUUCUCUUUCUAAAAACCGUGUGAUCUACUUCAAAAUAAGAAACUAUGGAAACACUUGGCAAUUACCAAGAGCUCAUGCCAGGAAACUACUCACUUCCUGCCGUAAGGGAAAACAGUGCGUACUCCUCACUAAGUAAUUACAAAUAUCCUAAAAGGUCAAGUAUACUAUUGGGUGCUCUUCUUUUUGCGUUUUUAUUUUUCAUCAGUCAUUUUUUUCAGUUUCUCCCCACACUUGGAAAUAAAUUCAAAAGGUCCGCAAGGAACGCAAUAGGGUAUAGCACAGUAGAAAAGGAAGACGUGAAGAAAGAUGCGAAGAAAGACGGAAAGGAAUUACCCAGCAGAAGUGCAUCCAAAACAGAGAGCAAAGAAAAUAACGAGAAAAAUAACAGCCAGAAAAAUGAAGCCAGGAAAAACAGUGAACCAAAACAACCAAACGAUAACAAUGUUAAGAGGAUAAACAAAAAUGAGGAAAAAAGAAAACAAAGAUAUAACAUUGGUUUAAAAGGAGACGAAGAAGAAGUGCAAACAACCCAAUCAAAUGGUGAUGGACAAAAAAGCCAAACGAGUUUACUGGAUAAAAUAAUAAAUGCAAAAAAAAUGGGAAAGGGAGGAAUGAAAAAACUUAUCAAGAAACCAACUGUGCUCCAUACCGCAAAUUACAAUUAUAAAGAUUCAACGGAAGAUUUACAAGAAGAAAAAUCAGAGGAAUGGGAAAAUAACCAAUGGAAUAUCUGGAAGAAGAAAAAUGAAGAGGAAUGGAAAAUUUUUAACACAUCCAUUGAAAAUGAAAAAGACACGUGGCUUCAAGGAAUAGAAAAGGAAUGGCAGGAAUUGCUAGAAGCUAUGCAAAAUAAAUGGAUUCACUAUAACAAAAAAAUGGACGCGGAAUACCAAAUCAACAUUCUGGAAAAAUCUUCACAAUGGGAUGACACGCAAUGGGUAGAAUGGAUUAAAACAGAAGGAAAACAAUUUAUGGAACAACAAUGGAAAAUGUGGCUUGCUCAAAAGGAGGCACAUCUGAACAACUGGGUUGUAAAUGAAUGGAUACAGUGGAAAAACUCGCAGAUUAUGGAAUGGCUAACGACUGACUGGAGACUUCAAAAAGAGGCUUCAUGGUCAAAUUAUGAAAAUAAUAAAAUUACAAACAUGCUACAAAUAAAAAAGAGAAAACAAUGGAACAAAUGGAAAGAGCGCAUCAACAGAGAAAGGGAAGAGUGGGACGCUUGGGUACGCUCCAAAGAAAAUAUAUAUAUAAAUACUAAAUGGAAUAAAUGGUCUAAAUGGAAAAAGGACAAACGAUUUAUAUUCAGUAAAUGGGUGGAAAUGUUUACUAACAAGCUGAUAAGUGAACGGCAAUGGAAAGAAUGGGUUAAAUCAUAA